GGUGAUCGCACUCGCAGCUCGAACCGAAGGAUGUUUUCGCGUGAUUUUCUAACCUAAAAGUCAUACGCUUUGCUCGAUCUUGUCGAUGGCCACGACUUAGUUACAGGUUACAGUGAUAAUUCGACAGCUGUUGGUCGAAUGUGGCGUAUAAAGAUUAGCUUGCUUAUAGCUUGUUUAUAAAGAAGGGACCGAUACACACGGGAAAGGAAGAAGGAUACCUUGCGUGGACACGUAGUGUAUAUAUAUUUCGAGCUUUCGCAGCUCGGCUAACUCGGCUUCGGACACGGCACGCUCGCGGGCGGCCGACGCGGGUGAUAGGUAUGAUUUGAGCGACGACGUAAGAUGAUAGUAAGGAACUUACCAUUCGCGCAAUGGGUUCUGAUCCUGAUUCUCGUCAUCGUAAUAGUCUAUCUGCGACAGCGAUUAAACAACCUGGAGGAGAGCUACAGAUCGCUCCAUGAUGCUGUCGCGCGAAUCGAUGCUAGGUAUGACAAUGAACACGCCGAGGCGCGAAGAGGUAUCGAGGAUGAUCUAGAGGAUGUUGUCGUGAUAUACAACAGAGUACCAAAAACAGCGUCCACUAGUUUCAUGGGAUUAGUUUAUGACCUGUGCAAGCAAAAUAAGUAUCAUGUGCUUCACAUUAACGUGACCAACAACAUGCACACCCUUACUUUUGCUAACCAGGUUCAAUUUGCAAACAACAUAUCAAACUGGAAUAGUAUAAAACCAGCAUUUUACCAUGGACACAUGGCGUUUUUAAAUUUUGGAAAAUUUGGUACUAAACGUAUGCCUUUGUAUAUAAAUUUAUUGAGGAAACCUUUAGACAGAUUUAUAUCAUAUUAUUACUUUUUAAGAUAUGGAGAUAAUUUUAGACCUCAUGUUAUAAGGAAAAAACAUGGAGAUACAAAGACAUUUGACGAGUGUAUAAAUAGUGGUCAACCUGACUGUGAUCCUAAUAACAUGUGGCUGCAGAUUCCAUUUUUAUGUGGCCAUGAUCCAGCUUGUUGGGAAAUUGGUAAUAGCUGGGCAUUAGAGGAAGCCAAACGGAAUCUACAAAGGUAUUACUUUCUGGUUGGAGUAACGGAGGAGUUAAACGAAUUUGUAGAAGUAUUGGAGAAUGUAUUACCACGGUUUUUUAAAGGGGCACACAACUUCUUCUUACAUAAUAAUAAGUCACACUUACGACAAACUACACAAAAACUCAAUCCAUUACCUGAAACAGUAGACAUAAUCCAGCAAUCGAUUGUAUGGAAGAUGGAAAAUGAAUUCUAUAAUUUUGCUUUGGAACAUUUUCAUGCUGUGAAAAGACGACUCAUAAAUGCUUCCCCUCAAGACGUAAAUCAGCGUUUUAUGUAUGAAAAAAUACGGCCAAAAUAAACUACUGUAAGAAAUUAGAGGAAAUAGGCACAACAAAGAAACUAUCGACAUCAGGACUGUGUGGCAAAGAUGGAUAUUUAGCAAUCUGGAGACACGGUCGUAUCUCGAUUAUAAGGAGAAGACCAGGUCUCAGUUCGAAUCCCAGAGUGCCCUGAUAUUUUUCUCAUGCUGUCGCUUCUUACAGCUUAAUCCCACUUCUGGAGCUGCAAUAAGCGACAAGAAAAAUGACACUGAUAGCUUCUCUAUUGUGCCUAUUUCCUCUAAAUUUCUUAACUACUUUUUUACAAAGGACUUUACUCCUGCUGAAUGAUGCAAUAACGCAAUUGAUUGCGAAAUGUGUAUUUAUUGUAAUUAU